AUGACUUCGCGCACAAUUCUUAUCAGUAUAUUCCUUAUGAGCUUAUUCGCAGCAACGAUCAAGCGCUGUACAUUGUCACCUCUUGUAAAGCCAAUUACCAAAGUCAAUCCGUCGUUCGCAACUCUACGCGCCAUGCAUAUCCAAUCAAUUCCCAUGUGGGAGGGCACGGGGAACAACUAUGCAUACCUGGUAUCGGAUGACAAGACCAAAGAAGCCGUCAUUAUAGACCCUGCCAACCCUGAAGAAGUAUUACCGGUUUUGAGGGAGCAGACUACCACCGGGGGUCUCAAGCUGACCAAGAUUAUCAACACUCAUCAUCAUGGUGAUCAUGCUGGUGGAAACGUGGACACCAUCAAAGCCUUUGGCUUGCCUGUAAUCGGUGGUCGCGAUUGUGCUAAGGUUUCCACAACCCCUGAGCACAACAGCACAUUCGAGAUCGGAUCGAUCAAAGUGAAAGCACUACACACACCUUGCCAUACCCAAGAUUCCAUCUGCUUUUACAUGGAAGACGGCAACGACCGCGCUGUUUUCACCGGUGAUACACUGUUCAUCGGCGGUUGCGGAAGAUUCUUCGAAGGCACCCCUGAGCAAAUGCACAAGGCUUUGAACGAAACCCUGGCCUCUCUUCCGGACGACACAAAGGUCUACCCGGGACACGAGUACACCAAGGGCAAUGUCAAGUUUGCGAAGAGCGUGCUGAACAACGAUGCGAUCAAGAAGCUCGACGAGUACUCGCAGGCAAACAAGGAAACGCAGGGCAAGUUCACCAUUGGCGAUGAAAAGAAACACAACGUCUUUAUGCGUGUGCAAGACCCCGAGAUUCAGAAGAUCACGGGCAAGACUGAGCCCAUUGAUGUUAUGGGUACACUGCGAGCGAUGAAGGAUAAGUCAUAGAAGGCUUGUAUUUAUAGUGAUUACUGGGAUAUCAGUUGUAUGCAAUCAACAAUCCAAUCACGUUUCGUAAUCGCCUUGUUCCAUCUUCUGCCAUCUACUCCAGCUCUCAAAUGCUUCUCGUAUUCAAUGAUGUGUGUCAUGAGACACGUGGCAGUAUUUCAAAUACGCAACAUCAUAUUCACUCACUGUUUUGGUCAUAGCGUGAGAUGUGCUCGAUAGGAUGGAAUGUGUAUUAUGUACGCCCAAGAAUUCAUCUAGGAUAAUUGUGGAUCGCUGCAAGGAUGUUUGUGUAAUAGAGCCCCAUGACGUCUUCUCAAAGAAAUCAAGGAAGAGAGAGAGAGAGAGAUCUAGACGUUGGCAGCAUCGAGCUGGAAACCUGGACAGCCCUCUCUCCACUCAUCAAAGUCCUUCUCGCCCGGCAUCUCCGUACCAUCAGAGAGCUUAAGUCGCGGAAACGACCUUUUCUCACGAUUAUAGGUAGGCUCUUUCGUAGCCAGCUCUUCGUUGACCAAGACAAGGGCUCCGGAAUGCCAACCCGCGGCACUCACACCUAAAGCAAAGUAUGCGCCCAAACCAUCUUCACCACCAUCUUGGUCCCAUGCCUUGGCCUCCUGUUCGAACCAUUCGCUCACUUCGCCUUGGACAUUGUGGUGGUGCUCCCAUAUCUGUUUCCGUUCCUCGCUCUCUUUGUCGUCUGUUGGCUCAUUGAUAACUUGGGCCAGCCAGUCGUUUUUUCGCUCGUCAAACCAGAUCUGACGACCAUUUUUAUAAGCAUGGGGUAGCAGUCGUCCGUUGCCGUUAAAUUGGUC